UGGCAACCAUCAUAUAAAAAUAGAUGCUUGGAAACUCCUCAGUCUGAGUGGGACCAGAGAAGUGGACUUCAGCAAUGGCAUGUGACAAGGCAUCUCCUGCAGAAACUUCUUGGAAAAUCCAUGAAGAAUUCCACAUAGAUGAAGAGGUGGGCUUUGCUCUGCGCAAUCCACUGGAGGAAUUGCCUAAUAAGUAUGCUGACUGGAUGUUCAUUGUUCAAAAUCUACCUGACCUGAUUAAGACUGGCCAGUUACGCACCAAAGUUGAAAAGUUGCCAGAGCUCAGCAUCGAUGACCUCCACGGGCACAAAUUGCAGCGCCUUGCACAUCUGGUCCUGGGGUACAUCACCAUGGCCUAUGUGUGGGAUCGAGGUGACCAAGAUGUCCGUAAGGUCCUGCCAAGAAAUAUUGCUAUUCCUUACUGCAAACUCUCUGAGAAGCUGGGACUACCUCCUAUUCUGGUUUAUGCAGAUUGUGUCUUGGCAAACUGGAAGAAAAAGGAUCCCAAUGGGCCCAUGACUUACGAGAACAUGGACAUCCUGUUCUCCUUUCCUGGUGGGGACUGUGGAAAAGGAUUCUUUCUGGUGUCUCUGUUGGUGGAAAUAGCAGCUGCUUCAGCAAUCAAAGAAAUUCCUACUAUAUUCCAUGCCAUACAACAUCAGGACAAGGAUACUUUGCAAAAGGAACUGGAAAAAAUAACUAAUUGCCUGAAGAAAGCUCUGGAAGUGUUUGGCCAAAUUCACAAAUACGUGGACCCAAAAGCAUUUUUCAAUGUUCUUCGCAUCUACUUGUCUGGCUGGAAAGGCAGCUCCCUGCUGCCAGACGGUCUCCUCUAUGAAGGGGUCUGGGACACCCCACAGCAAUUUGCAGGGGGCAGUGCAGCACAAAGCAGCAUCUUCCAGUGCUUCGAUGUCCUGCUGGGCAUCCAGCAGAGUGCUAGUGGAGCUGCUUCUGAGUUCCUCCAGGAGAUGAGAACAUAUAUGCCACCAGCUCACCAAGUCUUUCUUCGCUCAUUAGAGUCAGGCCCAUCCGUCCGUGAGUUUGUCCUUUUGAAAGGUGACACUGGCCUGCAGGCAGCUUAUGAUGAGUGUGUGAGAGCUAUGGUCUCUUUGAGGAGCUACCAUCUGCAAAUUGUGACUAAGUACAUUGUGAUUCCUGCUCGGCAGCAGCCAAAGGAAAACCAAACAUCUAAAGAUCCAUCAGAAAUGGAAAAUAAAGGAACUGGAGGCACUGAUUUCAUGAAUUUCCUACAGACUGUAAGAAACACAACUCAGAAAUUCCUUUUGAAGGAAGGUUAAUGUAACCCAUCAAGGGCCCAUUUUGUCAAGGUGCAGACAUCAGUAUACAUUCCUACGAGACCCAUGCCUUAAUAAAAUGUAUAUCAGUAGAUUGCACAAUAUAAAAAAUUUCAACCUGAAUUUUUUUCUGCUAUCUGUAGAUUCCUUGCACAAAUCAAUAAAAGAAAAUUAGAUAUAAAAGAGUGCUUAAAAAUAAUAAUACAAGUAGGAUUUUCAUGAACAUAUUAAAGUAUAAUCAGGAAUUUAAUAAAUAAAAUUGAUAUAAAAUAGGAGAUAUAAAACUUGCUUUAUUUGUGACUAUAAUUACAUAUUCCUCCGAAUGAGACCUCCUUAAAAUGACACCUCUGAUGUACCCCUGUACUUUCCUUCUGGUAAUAUAUUCUUUCAUAACUAACUGCUUACUUGUCUGAAUUCUGAUUAGAUGAUAAGCUUCAGACUGGUUAAAUGAUUAGCGACAGGGACUCUGAAUUUUUACCACACCCAUGCAUCCCCAGUACUUAGUAGAUAGCAGAUACUUGGCAAAUAGCUGUUGAAUAUAUAUAUAUAUAUAUAUAUAUAUAUAAAAUAAUGAGGGAAUGUAUAGAAUAAAUUAAUCUGGACUAACAAGAAACAGUUACCUUUGAAAUACAAUUUCUCCUGGGAGAUAAGGGUUAUCAAGCAUUCACAGUCAGGCAUGAAUUUAUUUAAUAGUGGAAUCCUAAAGGUUAGGUAUACAGGGGAACUUAAUAUCUGAGUCAAACUCUUCAUUUUAAAGGUGACAAAGUUGAGGCUCUGAAGGGUGAAGUUACUUACUUAGGGUCUGCAGUUAGGUGCAAUUGGGAGAAUUUAAGUUUUCUGAUGAUUUGUCUUUUUUUUUACUCUACUUGGAACAGCACAAGUUAGAGAGAAAGGGAAUUUUGGAAGGGUGAAGGGAGGAAAUAAGAUGACUUGGGAAGAUAUUAUGAAGUCGUAUAUGGUUAGACAGAAAUCAGCUACGCAAUAGAUUAUGAGAUGACUAAAAAGGCAUAAUGGCCAGAUGGGUAUGGGAUUAGCAAGUACUUUGAAUUUAUGAAAAAUUCAGCUGUGAGGACAUGGGACAUAAGACAGGAGUUUAAAUGAGUACAUGCCAAGCAGAUUCGAAGAAGGAAAUGUAGUCUUAUAUGCUGGGGAAGUCACGGACAUACGCUAAGCAGCCAUCUCCCAGCCCUCACCAUCACCCCCUUUCUAUUGUGCGGUUUCCACUCCACAACCUGGGGGAGAUGUUAAGUCUAAUAAAAAGUCCUUAUCAGAUCUUAAAUCCAGAAACUGGGAAGAAGUAGCCCCAUAUGCUAAAGCAAGGCAGGAAUUCUCAGGGGCAGAUCCCUCUCCCCAGGAUGGACAAACACUACACUCAAACAAUGUAGAUUUGUCGCUCUUCUCCAAUGUGAAGUGGAGGGUGUGGAGCUGCCUUCUACUGACCUUGACCUGAGCUGUUUGACUACCCCAGGAGACUGGCUGCAAUAAGAUCUCUUCUCCUGCUCUUUUGGUCCCUUUGUGCUGUGUUAAGCAAUAAAGUGGUCAUUUGCUGAAAA